AUGACAAAUAUAUCUGCACCUGAACAAGAACCAUUACCACGAAAUUCCAAUGGAAUAUUUAGUUGUUCGCAUCAUAUGUCCUCUCGUCAAAUAGAUUCCAAUUCUUCUGAUAUUCAUUCCCGUUAUUGGACUUUUUUAUUCGAUAAUUUAAAACGAUCUGUUGAACAAAUCUAUCAAACAUGUGAAUCUGAUCAAAAUAUAUAUCAAUGUCAAGAAAUUGUAGAAUAUUUGUGUCAAUGUUGUAAAGAUUUUGAAUUGCUCACAAAAAACUUCCAAUAUGAACAAAGCCUUAUCAACGAAACGAAAAGGCCAUCUGAAUAUACCCAAUCCAUUUCUAACGGUGAAAUAUCUAACUCUGGUGAUUCAUUGCGUCGACAAAAACGUCUAAAUAACAGUGAUUUAAAUUUAAAUGGAAAUACGAAUUCAUCCUAUCAUCGUUCUUCGAAUGAUACACAUAAAUUAAAACGACAAAAAUCAAAUAAAUAUCGUGUACUACCCGAAAGUUCAAGUUUACUUUCAUUACCAUCAUUAUUUUCAUCAUCAACAUUAACAAAUGAUUCACCAAUAACCUUAGUUACAAAUGUAAAUCAAUCAAUGAAAAGACUUUUACCUGAUGAAACAGCUGGAGAUGCUGAUGAUGAAUUAUUUGAUAUUACUCGAUAUCAUCGUUAUCAUCAUCGAAUGAAGGAACAAAGUUUAACAUCUGACGAAGAAGAAGAAGAAGAAGAAGGUGAUGAAGAAGUAUUAUCUAGGAAUCAUCGAGGAAUGAUGGAUUUUAUGGAUCGACAAAUAAUCGAUGCAUUUGAUCAAGAAGAAUCUUUAACUGCUGCAUUAGAAGCUGAACAAGAACGAACAAUUGCUUCACUGAUGGCAGAACAAGAAGAUCUUGAACAACAAAUCAAUAAUGUUAGUGAUGAUGAUCUUCUAUUAGGUGGUGAUGAUGGAUCAGAAUUAGAAGAAAGUGAAUUAUCGACUACAAAAACUUCAAGUUAUUUUAUGUCAUUGCAAGGUGAUCAAGAUGAAAAAGAUUUAAGCUUAAUAGAUUUUUCACGUGAUGAAAUUGAUUGUAAUCCAGAUGGUAAAUCUCGAACAAAACAACUUCGUCUUCAUGAAAAACUAUCAUCACCUUCACGUUUUCGACCUUUGAGUGAAACUGUUCGUGAAGCAGCUGAACGUCAAGCACGUGCAUUAACUAAACGACAAACAUUACGCGAUGAAAAAGCUCGUAAAUUACGUGAAUUAACUCAACGAGUUAAUGAAGUUCAACAAUGGAAAGAAGAAUUAAUAAAAGCACGUAAAACUACGAUUGAAAUAAAAAUGCAACGAGCCGAAGAAAAACGUCAAUAUUUAUUAUUAUUAAAAGCUAAAAAAGCUGGUGAUGAAGAUUUAAAAGGACAAGAAAUAGCAUUUAUUAAAUGUUUACAACAAGAAAAUCGUCGACAAACAUUAAAAGAACGUUAUCAAAAAGAAGAACAAUUUAAACAAUAUCUCGAAGAAGAACGUGUUAAGAAACAUGAUGAACAUAAACAAAAAGAAUUAGCAGCUGAAAAUCGACGUAAACAAUUAGAAGCUAUACGACAAACACGUCUUAAUGAAAUGCAAGAAAAAUGGAAAACAAAAGAAAGAAUGAUUGAACAACUUUUAAAUGAAAAACGUAAACAAAAACAAACAGCAGCUAUUGAAAAACAAAAAACUUUUCAACAAAAACGUGCCGAACGUGUAGCCUAUCUCAAAGAAUCGACAGAUGAAUUGAAGAAAAAAUUAGUAUUAAAACAAGAAGAAAGUGCACGACGACAUAUAACACAACUUGAAGAAAUUCGUCGAAAAGCGAUGGAAAUGAGUACAUUUCGUGGUCCAAGUGCUGAAGAUCAUCAUCAUAUGUCUCCAGUUGCUGGUGAUAGUAAAACAACUACAUCUACUACAAGCCUCAUAACAGUUGACGAUCUAAUAACAGCAACUCGAAAAUGUUGUACAUUAUGCAAUCUUUUGUUAGCAUCGGAUCUCCAUUUACAAACACAUUUACGUGGUACUCGUCAUAAUCAAUUAUUAAUUGAACGAUUUCAUCAAAAAAAUGAGAAUGGAAUAAAAAAACAACCAACUCAGGAAGAAAUUGAUACUUUUAAUACUGAAUGUAUAGUUGUUGUAACUAGUGAUGAUAUUGUUCGACAAGAAAUGGCUUAUAAUCGAGAACGGAAACAUACAAUGAAAAAACGUGCUAAAAAACUACGUUUACGUAUUAUUCAACGUUCAGCAGCUUAUGAAGCUGAAAAUGCACAACGACCUUAUUUAACAUCGACACAUAAAGCACGUAUUCAACGAUUUUUAAAUGAAUUAGAAAAAUCAUUAAAUACAACAACGAGAAAAGAACCAUUAAAUACAACGAAUUAUUUAGCAUGUCAACGUAUUCUUACUGAAUUUGUUAAAAUUUUUGAUACACAUGGUUAUGAAAAAGAUUCACCACUUGAACAACGUGUGUUCUUUAGUUUAAAUGGUUAUAUUACAUUAAAUAGAAUGAUUGAAUUAAGAGCAGAAUGUAAUAAACCAGCACUUGCACCUGAAAGUCUUAUUGCACUAACUGUCUCAGUUUAUCGAGCAGCUACAAAUCAUAAUCUUGAUAAUGCAAUUUAUCUACUUAAUAGUGGUAAACUUUUAACACUUGUUGAAAGUUUUGUUCGACAUUUAAAUGGUUUAAAAAUUGAUGAUUUAACAACAAAUAAUGAACAAAGUGAAAGUGAAAAAUUAGCUCAAAUUGAUUUAGUGACUAAUUUAGCUGAAACACUUGCUGGUUUAAUUUCAAUGUAUAAUUCAAUAGUAAAAGAUAUACAAAAUCGUGAAGAUGAAACUAAAGAAGAUAAAUUAACAAUGAGUCGUGUAACAGAUUUUAUAAGUUAUAUGGCAAAUGUAGGUGUUCUUGAUCGAAUAGCGUCAUUCUUUCGAACAGUACGUGCAGUUAUUUAUACAACGAAAUCACAUGUAUCUGAUAUGAUUAUUCAUUGUUUAAAUCUUUUACAACAAAUGGUUGAUUUUUCUAAACCAAAAUCAUGUACUCCUCCAUUUGGUCAAUCAUCAAAAAAAUCAAAUAAUGAUUCAGCACAAGUUUUAAAUAUAAUGAAAUCAACAAAUUUUUGUGAAAUACUUUCAUUACUCUAUGGCAUUCUUAUACAUGAAACUGAUGGUAAUAAUAAUCAAACAAUAACGGAAAAUAAUCAGAAUAUAAUUAUUUUACAUGAAAAAACAAUUACAAUUGCAAUUAAUUCUAUGAUAUUAUUAAAUUCCAUUGCUGUCUUAGAUCUUGAUACAUUCCAAACUACACUUGGUGAAGAUACUAUUUCACUUCAACUUCGACAUGUAGCUAAUUAUAUUCUUGCUUAUUGUAAUCAUAAUCAGUCAACAACGAAUGAUAAUCUUUUACAUCAAAUUAUUCUUUUAAUCGGUUAUUAUUGUGUUUUAAAUCAAGACAAUCAAUGUCGUUUAGCAUUUGGUAAUCGACCAACAGUACUUCAACAACUAUCAUGUUUACCAUUUCGUUAUUUUGUUGAAUCAAAAUAUAUGGAUAUACUUUUUCCAACAUUAAUCUCCUGUUCAUAUGAUUGUGAUACAACACGAGCCAUUCUUCAAACUGAAAUGUCAUUAGAAUUGAUUGCAAAUUUUAUAGACACAAAAACAGCCAAUGAAGAUGAUAGCAAAUCGAUUGUUUCUGCAUUUCAUAUGCGAUUUCCAUAUGAUGAAUGGACAAAUGCAUUGAAAUACUAUCGACCAACAUCAAAACUUUCUAUGAAAACUCAUAAUGAUGAAGAAAAAGAAAAUGAAUCUCAUCGAAUUGAUACUGAAAUUAUGUCUUAA